AGCAAGCACUCUGGCUCCCGAGGUCCAUUCGUCGUACCACAAGGUCCAGAUGGCGGCCAACGUGGGUGACCAGCGCAGCACAGACUGGUCCUCUCAGUACAGCAUGGUGGCUGGGGCGGGCAGAGAGAAUGGCAUGGAAGCGCCCAUGCAUGAGAACCCCGAGUGGGAGAAGGCCCGCCAGGCCCUGGCCAGCAUCAGCAAAGCGGGCGCCGCCGGGAGCUCCUCCAAGGCCAGCAGCAGUGGGCCUGUGGCCAACGCACAGUACGUGUCGCAGGCAGAAGCGUCUGCAUUACAGCAGCAGCAGUACUACCAGUGGUACCAGCAGUACAACUACGCCUACCCCUACAGCUACUACUACCCCAUGAGCAUGUACCAGGGGUACAGUUCCCCCUCCCAGUACGGGAUGGCCAGCUCCUACGGCUCCGCCACGCCACAGCAGCCUGCCGCAGCGCAGCACCAGGGAACCCUGAACCAGCCCCCAGUUCCUGGCAUGGAUGAGAGCAUGUCUUACCAGGCACCCCCACAGCAGCUCCCAGCCCAGCCCCCUCAGCCUUCGACGCCCCAGCACAGUGCCCAUGCUCUGAGCAGCGGCCCCCAGCCAGGCACAGUGCCAGCCACACAGCACAGCCAGGCAGGGGCACCCUCAAGCCAGGCCUAUGGGCAACACAGCUACCCAGAGCCUGCCAAGCCCAAGAAGGGUCAGCAGCUGUGGAGCCGGAUGAAGCCUGCUCCUGGAACCGGCGGUCUCAAGUUCAACAUUCAGAAACGGCCCUUUGCUGUUACCAGCCAGAACUUCAGCUCCACCUCCGAGGGCCCGCACAGCAGCUUCAGCUCCCAGCCCAGCGCAGAGAAGGCCCCGAACCACAGUGUCCCCUCGUCCCGGGGGAACCUGUCCGAGAAGCCGGACAACUGGCCACAGGACAUGAAGGAGUACGUGGAGCGCUGCUUCACUGCCUGCGAGUCAGAGGAGGACAAGGACCGCACAGAGAAGCUGCUCAAGGAAGUGUUGCAAGCCCGGCUCCAGGACGGCUCGGCCUAUGUCAUCGACUGGAGCCGCGAGCCGCUGCCCGGGCUUACCCGGGAACCUGUGGCAGAGAGCCCCAAGAAGAAACGGUGGGAAGCCCCCAGUGGCCUUCACCCUCCCCGGGGGACGGGCUCCGUGGCCAGGGGCGGGGGUGCCCAGUCCCAGCGAGGGACCCCGGGGGCUGGGGGUGCCAGCCGAGCCCGGGGCAGCUUUGCCAAGUUCGGCAACCGCAACGUCUUCAUGAAGGACAACAGCUCACCCUCCAGCACCGACUCCCGUUCCCGGUCGUCCUCACGGUCCCCCACCCGCCACUUCCGCAGGAGCGACUCCCACUCGGACUCCGACAGCUCCUACUCAGGCAAUGAGGGUCACCCCGGGGGCCGCCGGAACCCACCUGCCAAGGGCCGCGGGGGCCGGGGUGCCCACAUGGACCGGGGCCGCGGCAGGGCGCAGCGUGGGAAAAGGCAUGACCUCGCCCCCACAAAGCGCAGCCGGAAGAAGAUGGCGGGCCUGGAGUGCGAGGACGCAGAGCGGGAAUUGAAGAAGCAGAAGCGGGCUGCCCGCUUCCAGCACGGCCACGCUCGCCGCCUGCGCCUGGAGCCUCUGGUGCUGCAGAUGGGCAGCCUGGAGGGCCUCAGGGCCGACCCUGACUGGCAGGAGCUGCAGAUCGUGGGCACCUGCCCUGACAUCACCAAGCACUACCUGCGCCUCACCUGUGCCCCCGACCCCUCCACAGUGCGCCCCGCGGCCGUAUUGAAGAAGUCUCUGGCCAUGGUCAAGUCUCACUGGAAGGAGAACCAGGACUACGCGUUUGCCUGUGAGCAGAUGAAGUCCAUCCGGCAAGAUCUGACGGUCCAGGGCAUCCGCACAGAGCUCACGGUGGAGGUGUAUGAGACCCAUGCCCGAAUCGCCUUGGAGAAGGGGGACCACGAAGAGUUCAACCAAUGCCAGACGCAGCUCAAGUCACUGUAUGCAGAGAAUUUGCCAGGCAACGUGGGCGAGUUCACCGCUUACCGCAUCCUCUACUACAUCUUCACCAACAACUCGGGAGACAUCACCACCGAGCUGGCCUAUCUGACGCCGGAGCUGAAGGCGGACCCUUGUGUGGCCCACGCCCUGGCGCUGAGGACGGCCUGGGCACUGAACAACUACCACCGCUUCUUCCAGCUCUACUGCCACGCACCCUGUAUGUCUGGUUACCUGGUGGACAAGUUUGUAGACCGGGAGCGCAAGGCAGCCCUCAAGGCGAUGAUCAAAACCUUCCGCCCUGUGCUGCCCGUCUCCUACCUGCAGGCCGAGCUGGCCUUCGAAGGCGAGGCCGCCUGCCGAGCCUUCCUUGAGCCCUUGGCCCUGGCCUACUCGGGCCCGGACGCCACCAGCAUCGACUGCCGACUGAGCCUGGCGCAGCUGCCAGCCUUCUGAGCACACCAGGGAGGGGGCCUGGGGGCCUGAGCCUGGUGCAGCUGCCAGC